AUGAAGUCUGUUUACCAUUUACCAUUGCUUUUCAUUGUUGUUUUCUCGUUGGGAUGGUCAUCUUCUUCGGCUGAUAGCCAUGAGGAUUUUCUUGAUUGUCUUUCUUCAUAUCAUCCCCAAGAAUCCUCUUUGAUUUCUAGAGUUAUUUACACCGAAAGAAACUCGUCAUAUUCUGCAAUUUUGGAGUCUUCGAUUCAUAAUCUCCGGUUCUCUGCACCAAAUACCCCGAAGCCUUUGGUUAUCGUAACGCCAUUGAACAUUUCCCAUGUUCAAGCAACGAUUCAUUGCUCGAAAACACACGGCCUCCAGAUUCGGACUCGAAGUGGAGGUCAUGAUUUCGAGGGUCUUUCGUAUGUCUCUGAAGUCCCGUUUGUCGUCGUCGAUUUGGUUCAUUUUCGAUCGAUUGACAUCGAUGUCGAAAACGAGGAGGCAUGGGUUCAAUCCGGAGCCAUCACGGGUGAAUUGUACUACAGAAUCAAUGAACGAACCACGAAUCUUACCUUCCCCGGUGCACUCUGUCACACCGUGGGAAUUGGUGGAUUUAUUAGUGGUGGAGGGUACGGCUUAUUGUUCCGAAAAUACGGACUCGCGGGGGAUAACGUACUCGAUGCACAAUUAGUUGAUGCUAACGGGAGAGUUCUCGAUAGAAGAUCGAUGGGCGAAGAUUUGUUUUGGGCCAUUCGAGGCGGCGGCGGAGGAAGUUUCGGGAUCAUUCUCUCGUGGAAAGUGACGUUGGUUCCUAUUCCGUCAACCGUGACAGUUUUCUCUGUAGGCAGGACGUUGGAACAGAAUGCAACAGAGCUUCUCCAUCGUUGGCAAUACGUCGCACCCAAUCUUCCGAACGACGUAUACUCUGUCGUCUCGAUAUCGACGGUGAACGGUACCGAAACCGGGAGGAGGACGGUUCUAGCAACCUUUACUUCAGUGUUCCAAGGCAGUGCCAAUGAGCUUAUGGCAUUGAUGCAAGAACGAUUCCCCGAACUCGGACUCGUUCAGGACAAUUUCGUCGAGACGACUUGGAUCGGAUCUCUAAUGUUUGUGUCACAACUUCCGAACGAAACCUCGGAGAUUUUACUCGACAGGACCUAUAGGAGCACCCUUCUUAGUCCUGCAUUCAAAGCGAAAUCCGAUUAUGUGAGGAAACCAAUGCCUGAGAUUGCAUUACAAGGGCUAUGGUCCCAACUUCUGGAGGACGUAGCAACCACUGCAACUAUGAACAUCAUCUCCUACGGUGGUAAAAUGGACGAAUUCCCAGAGAGUGCACUUCCAUUCCCACAUCGGAAAGGAACCUUAUACAAGAUAGACUACAACAUCGGCUGGCAGGAGGAGGAGAACAACAAUCCUCAAAGGUAUAUAAACUGGAUUCGGAAACUUUAUACGUAUAUGGCUCCAUUUGUGUCGAAAUCUCCUCGAGAAGCGUACGUUAAUUACAGAGAUCUCGAUAUCGGACGGAACGAUGAGGACGGCAAGACAAGUUAUAAGCAAGCGAGUGUUUGGGGUCGUAAAUAUUUCAAAAGGAAUUUCGAUAGGUUGGUUUAUGUUAAGUCGAAGAUCGAUCCAGAGAAUUUCUUCAGACAUGAACAGAGCAUUCCUCCUCGUUUCCAUUGA